CCCAGUACCAAAGUCACCAAACUGCCACCGUUUUCUGAUUCCACCCUUGCUUCUGCACCUCCCAGAUUUCCCAGGAUGGAGAGUUGUUUCAGCUUUGCACAGUGGCAAGAGCUUGAGUUGCAGACUCUGAUAUUUAGGUACAUGCUGGCCGGUACUCCUGUUCCUCCUCAGCUGCUUCAACCAAUCAAGAAAAGCUUCUUUCAUUCCCCUCCCCCUUUCCUUCAACUUUAUCACCCUCCUUUGUUGGAAUCAGGGUACUAUUGGGGAAGAGAAGCACUGGAUCCGGAGCCAGGUCGGUGCCGGAGAACGGACGGGAAGAAGUGGCGGUGCUCGAGGGAGGCGGUGGAGGGUCAGAAGUACUGCGAGCGGCACAUGCAUCGUGGCCGAAACCGUUCAAGAAAGCCUGUGGAACAACCUCAUGCAUCUUCUUCUUCUUUAUCCUCUGCUUCCUUCAAACAUCAUCUCCUUCACCACAAUCAAAUUUCCACUGGGGCCAAGAGUAACAGCAAGAGCUUGUCUGAAAACCAUGAUCAUGUAGAUGGGAAUGGCAGAUCUGAUGGCCAUGUCCUGAGGCAUUUCUUCGAUGAUUGGCCAAGGACACUGCAAGAACAAGACCAUAGUAAAAGCAAUGGUAGCCAGAACAACAACACUGGAACAUAUCUUUCCAUGUCAACACAAGGAAUCACUUCCUCGGAUGUGUCACUGAGACUGUCCACUGGUCAUGCAGAGAAUACAAGCCACGUGGCUUCAGUGGGAGGACCACUCGCAGAGGCACUGAGAUCAUCCACCUCCACUUCUUCACCAACCAGUGUUCUGCUACAGUUGCCAACUAGUUCUGCUUGUAACACCAGCUUCAUUAGCACCUAAAAGUUGCUGGGGUUGGGGUUUGUGAGAAUUUUUGGACAUGUAUGUGCAAAUACAGAGACACACUUAUAAUGCAUCAAUUUUGGACAUCUAAUAAUGAACUAU